CGACAAUGAGUAUAUAUCAAUAUCCAUCGGCAUUUAAUUCUGACGCUCCAAUUCCUCAUUGCGGAUUUGGGGAUUUUUUGGCUUUUUUUUUUCUUUUCUUUUGGGGUUCUCCGUCAUUCAACAUUCAUGGAGCGCACCGCGGUCCAUCUUCAGCAUGAUACAUCUCGUCCCAGUGUCACCGGGGGUAGUACGCAAAGUACCCGAAAACUGCGAGAAAGUUGCAUGCGUUGCUCCGGCUCCAAGGUUAAAUGCAAUAAGGAAAAGCCUACGUGCAGUCGAUGCGCACGCCGUGGUCUGUCUUGCGAGUAUACUAUAUCGAGACGCACUGGCCGUACCCGAGUUAUUGGGGUCGAGAAGCCACGAGCAACAACAGCAACAGCAGUCCCAGGAACAGGAACAGGAACAGGGACAGGGACAGGAACAGGAACAGGCACAGGCACAGGCACAGGAACAGACACAGGAACAGGAACAACAACCGCAACCGCAACCUCAACAACAGCAACAGCAACAGCAACAGCAACAGCAACAGCACCACCAGCAGGACCAGGAUCCGGAUCAGGACCAGGAACAGAAACACCAGUCGCCGCAUCGGGUGCCACCAUUGACCCUUCCUCAACUACUGCUACCACAACUAGUAGUAGUGGCGGUCAUGUCAAUGUCCAUGGCAACCAUGCGGGGAUUAACAGCAAUGGCAUCUGCUCACAUCGUAAUACUCCGGUUGUCACUCCCCAUACACCGGCUACCACUGCCCGAACCUCCCCCAAGUUAGACCAUUUACGCUCUCCCCCCGAGGAAACCGAGCUCUGGAACUCAAUUUUGUCUCCCAAUGCCAGCAAUUGUACAGAUCUAUCCUCUCUCCUCUCCUUGAACACCGAUAUUGGACAGCUCUUUGCCUCACUAUCGCCCCCGAGUCUGGACACAGAUGCGGUGGAUACCGAUCUGCACCGGCAUGGGAUGGCAGACCUAUCGGUGGCCGAUGCCGCAUCCGCCUCCUUUAUGCAGGAUAUCACCGGGACGGCUGCUCUGUCAUCCGGGUCCUCUUUUCCCAACACGCAUCCUUGCUGUUUGACCAUCUGCUUGGAAAUCCUGAUGCGGCUAUUCCCGAAUGCCCCCGUUGGCUGCCAACGGCCCGGGAGCGAAGACGAGCCUAGUAAACUCUGCACGAUUGAGUCGGUUAUUGCGGAUAAUAAACAGAUUAUGGACACGAUCCAGACCGUAUUGGAGUGCCGCUGCGCACAGGAUGAGUAUGUCGUGACGCUCGUGUCCCUCAUUGUCCUCAAGGUGAUGGGUUGGUAUGUCGCUGCUGCUCGGGACCGGCCCUCGGGUGCAGUCCGCGACGGGGGUAUGGAUUGGGAGGGCGGGCUGCACAGUCGUCGACCUUCCUCCUCCUCGUUUGACGAGGAGGUGCUGCAUUUGCCCACGAUUAUUGGCGGAUACUGCAUUGAUGGCCAUCAUCAGAGCCGUAUGGCCGCCCAGCUGGUGCUCAGUGAACUACACCGCGUCCAGCGGCUGGUAACGCUGGUGGGACGUAGGUUUGAAGUUCUGAGACAGCGUCCCUUUAGUCAAGACUCUUCUGCGAGCUCCAGCUCGGCCGCCAGCAGUGUGCUGGACUCUGGCGGCCCAUUGCCUAUGCUCCCCGGUCCGGGGAUAUCGCCCCUGUCAUCCAACACUUUGUCUCAUUUGGAGGACGAUCUGCGCAGACGAUUCCGGGCAGUCUCCUCGGAAACAAUUGAAAUUUUGCGCCGUGCAUAACGAAGUCUUUCUUGUUUACCUAUCAUGGAUGAAGGUCCUUUCC